AUGGCUUUGCCAGGAAGCUUACGGAGGCAGCCUGCGAACAAAGGCCUUGUGUCCCAUUGCACCCACCAUCAUAUUGUUGUGUUCCUGCUGACCUUCUUCAGUUAUUCCCUGCUCCAUGCUUCCAGAAAGACGUUCAGUAAUGUCAAAGUCAGCAUUUCCAGCCAAUGGACUCCCUCCUGCCUAAACAGCACGGCCCCUGAGCUUCGGCCAUAUGAGCUCUGGAACAGCAGCCAUUUAUUUCCAAAUGCAGAAGAAGCAACUCUCUUCUUGGGGACAUUGGACACUAUCUUUUUGUUUUCCUAUGCUAUGGGUCUCUUUGUCAGUGGCAUAGUUGGGGAUCGCCUGAAUUUACGCUGGGUUUUGUCUUUUGGCAUGUGUUCCUCUGCUCUGGUGGUAUUCUUCUUUGGCACACUCACAGAAUGGUUGCAUUUCUACAACAAGUGGUUCUAUUGCUGUCUCUGGGUUGUGAAUGGCUUGCUGCAGUCCACUGGUUGGCCCUGUGUGGUUGCUGUCAUGGGCAAUUGGUUUGGAAAAGCUGGGAGAGGUUUUGUGUUUGGACUCUGGAGUGCCUGUGCAUCUGUGGGAAACAUCCUUGGGGCAUUCCUUGCCUCCUGUGUUCUCAAAUACGGCUAUGAGUAUGCGUUCUUGGUGACUGCCUCAGUACAGUUUGCUGGAGGAGUCAUUGUCUUCUUUGGGCUCCUGACAUCACCAAAGGAAGUGGGCCUCCCUGAGCUUGGAACAGAUGAAGAUGGCAGCGUGGAGGAAGAUGCCAACAGACCUUUAAUGGGCAAUGAUGAUGCAGAUGACGAUGACCGGAAUUACUCUAUUCAAGCAACUGACACUGACAACCAGCCAAAGGCCAUUGGCUUUUUCCAGGCUUGUUGCCUUCCAGGUGUCGUACUGUACUCUUUGGCCUAUGCCUGCUUGAAACUGGUGAAUUACUCAUUCUUCUUCUGGCUGCCCUUCUACCUCAGCAACAACUUUGGAUGGAAAGAAGCAGAAGCUGACCAGCUCUCAAUCUGGUAUGAUGUGGGAGGAAUCAUAGGUGGGACUAUCCAGGGCUUGAUUUCUGAUGUGCUACAGAAGAGAGCCCCAGUGCUAGCAAUUAGCCUGGUUUUUGCUGUAGGCUCUCUUUUUGGAUACAGCCGUUCUCCAAACAGCAAACCUAUCAAUGCUGUGAUCAUGGCAAUUACAGGAUUUUUCAUCGGAGGCCCUUCUAACAUGAUCAGUUCUGCAAUUUCUGCUGACCUGGGGCGUCAGGAUCUCGUGAAAGGCAGCAGCGAGGCUCUGGCAACAGUCACAGGAAUUGUGGAUGGAACUGGCAGCAUUGGUGCUGCAGUGGGCCAGUAUCUAGUGUCUUUGAUCCAGGAGAACCUGGGAUGGAUGUGGGUUUUCUAUUUCUUUAUUCUAAUGACGAGUUCAACAGUCCUGUUCAUUUCACCAUUAAUAGUGAGGGAGAUCAAAUUGCUUCUGCAUGAGCGGCGCCUGCGAAUGCUGGCUGAGUGACUUCUGCUUGCCUCUGGAAGGACUGUUGUAUGGACCUGACAUUCUGGACACUAAUCAAAACUCUGGGAGACUUGCUUCUUAUAUCCUCCAGGUUUGGACUAAUUCAAAAUGGCUCUGCAGGACUUGAUUGACCUGCCUUUGUGAGCUCAAUAGUGAAGUACCAAAUGCCCGUCCUGAGACCACCUGCAUCAUGGAGCUGCUGACCUAAGCUAGACAAUCCACGGGAUUGGCAGAUUGUUCUGGCCUACCAGACUCUUCCAUGUCAGCAGUCACACAAGGGUCUUCUGUUGGGUGGGCUCACUGCUAUAUACCCUUUCUUAUUUAUUUCUGGAUCUCCUGACCAAAGGUUGACUGUUUAAAACUGACGGUGGAGAGGCUGUCUUGCAAUGAAUUGUGAUGCUCUGUUGUGCUGGUGAAAUCAUACAGUGCAUUUCAUGGGUAGUCU